GUGUGGAUCUCAGCAGGAGUUUUUCUGUGGGUUUUGGACACACUGUUAUAAAGAUGGUAGUUUUUAUUAAAGAGGAGAGUGAAGACGUGAAGAUUGAAGACACUUUUAGAGUCAAACAAGAAGAUACUGAGGAACAAACAGACCUCAUGCUGCUGAAAGAGGAGCACAUAGUACCGAAUAAAACAGAAGAGAAAGAACAAUAUGAGACGACUCAUGAUUUUAAAACCGAAGAAGAAUCUUUCAGUUGGCCACAGAUUAAAGAGACUUUCUCACAGAAAACAGCUCAUAGAACAGGAACUACAAGUUAUUUCACCCCUUUUCACUGUGAAAAGAGUUUAAAUGAACACGGAAACCUUAAAGUCCACAUGAGAGUUCACACCAGAGGGAAGCUUUUCACCUGCCAACAGUGUGGAAAAAGAUUUAAUCAAAGAGUAAACCUAAACAGGCACUUAAAAGUUCACACUGGAAAGAAGCCUCACAACUGCCCUGAGUGUGGAAAGGGUUUUGAUCAACAUGGAAACCUUAACGUGCACAUGAGAAUUCACACUGGAGAGAAGCCUUACACCUGCCAGCAGUGUGGGAAGUGUUUCAGUCAUAAUGGAAACCUUAAAGUGCACAUGAGAGUUCACACCGGAGAGAAGCCUUACACCUGCAAACAGUGUGGAAAGAGUUUUGAUCAUCAUGGAAACCUUAACAGGCACAAAAGAAUUCACACUGGAGAGAAGCCUUUCACCUGCCAACAGUGUGGAGUCAGUUUCACACUUAAAGGAAGCCUUAAAGUCCACAUGAGAAUUCACACUGGAAAGAAGCCUUUCACCUGCCAACAGUGUGGAAAAGGUUUCAGUAGAAAAGGAACCCUUAAUGACCACAUGAUAAUUCAUACAGGAGAGAGUCCUUUUAUCUGCCAGCUGUGUGGAAAAAGUUUAAACCGAAAAGAAAGCCUUAACAAACACAUGAGAAUUCACACAAGAGAAAAACUUUAUACAUGCCCUCAGUGUGGAGAGAGUUUCAAUCUACAUGGAAGCCUUAAAGCCCACAUGAGUUCACACUAGAGAGAGUUCUUCACCUGCCAACAGUGUGGAAAAAGUUUUACUCAAAAAGGAGAUCUUAACGUGCACAUGAGAAUUCACACUGAAGACAAGCCUUACACCUGUCCUGAGUGUGGAAAGAGUUUUGGUCAACAUGGAAACCUUAAAGUGCACAUGAGAGUUCACACUGGAGAGAGUCCUUUUAUCUGCCAACUGUGUGGAAUGAGUUUCAUUCAAAAAGGAUCCCUUAAUAGACACAUGAGAAUUCACACUGGAGAAAAGCGUAAUGUGUGCCAUCAGUGUGGAAAAAGUUUCAGUCGAAAAGGAAGCCUUAACAGGCCCAUGAGAAUUCACACAAGAGAAAAACUUUAUGCUCUCAGUGUGGAGAGAGUUUCGAUCUACAUGGAAUCCUUAAAGCCCACUUGGGAGUUCACACUGGAGAGAGUUCCUUCACCUGCCAACAGUGUGGAAAAAGUUUUACUCAAAAAAUUAACAAACCGUAACAAGCACAUGAGAAAACUACACAGCAUAUUUUCAACACAAUCUUGUUCAACACACAAGGAUUCAUUUGAGAGAACUGUUUUAUUUCUUCAGUGUGGAAGGAGUUUCUCAGACAGGAAUAAUCACGUAAUAAUGUUAUGAUGUAUAGGAAGCUCAGAAGUGAAGACCAGGGGCCCGUUCAGGGCUCCAGACUAAUUCUUCCCACUGGUCACUCUUUUGCGACUAACUUUCGCAGUUGGUC